ACUAGCAUCUAAUUUCUCCUUACAAUAUCAAUCCUGAAUCAAGUAUCAAAGUUCACGAGAGUAAGGAACUGAUUGCCAACUACAGAAGCUCUCGAUUGUUAAACAAAUUCUCUUGUCAGCAUCUUAGGAAAUGUAUGGGAACAGCAUUGAGAAUAUGCAUUCUGAUGUUAGACUGUUGAGCUAAAACAAUUGAACUACCAGCGCGCGGAUGAAAUACUUUAUUUAACUGCGCGUGCUAUUUCUGGACUGUGACGAAAUGAUCAUUCAUGACCAACCUUUGAGCAUGGAUGUGGAAGAUGUGGAAGGCCUUAAAAUGCCUCAAUCCCCUUGAAGCACGUGACCUUAGACUGGCGCGGCUGCCAAACAGAUUCGGCGGGAAAGACCAUGACAAAGACUGAGAAAUGGCGACUAUUUCUCAAUCACUUUGCGAGACGGCCACAUCUAAAAAGCGUCCUAAAGGUAAGAGGCUUGCAAUAAACUGUUUUUAUAACCCCUUUGGUAGGUAGCCCUGGUUUGAGUUCGGGUAAUGUACACUCCCACAACGGAAAACUGCAAGAUUUACAUGAAUUUUUGCAGCUUUGCAUUGCUGUUGUUCAGUUUUGUUUGUCGUUCCCUAUAAUAUCUGUAAGUAACAUUUUACAACACUUAUGAAUUAGUGAACAAACCUUAAAGAUCGUAAAUGCUAUUGCUCUAAAUACACUAAAUGUUAAGUCUGAUAAAAAGUUAAUCACUUUUCACUGAAACUCGAAAUAUGCAAAAUGACAAGCUUAGAGCGUGCACAAGUUUUUUGACCUAUAAAUAUUUUCUAACAGGAAACCAAACAAAGAAUAUUCCUGAACCAAGAGUGGAGACCUCUAAAUCCAAUACUUGCCUGAAGAAUAGAAAAUUGAGUAAGGAAAGCAAUUCCUUAGAGGUUACCUGCCCCAAAUCCUCAGUUAUCACUGUAUCAGAACCAGCUUGGGAGAUUGAAUACUGUGAUCCUGUUCCAGACCUUUAUCCUGAACUGUCAGACUCAUUAAAAAUGCAAGAAGGUGAUACAGAACAACUUGUCAAGAGAGAAGUUUCUAUGGAUCAAGAUAACAGUGAAGAGAAUGUUCAGUGUGUUCCAACUACUUGUGAUGACAAUCUUUCUCAAGAGAGCACAAGUCAACAGCAUAAUUCCCAAGCAUCAAAUUCAGACAGCCAAAGCAUUGCAAAUGUCGUCAGACGAAAGAGAAAAUUGGCAAAACCUAAAAAGGUUAGAAAAGCACAGGAUGGUAAUGAUGUUCCAGAUGCAUCAGGAAUGAAUUGUGAGAAGCAAGUUACAUCUCAAGAGACUGAAAAACAGGGUACCUGGGCACAGUGUAGCAUUCCUAGUUGUGGUAAAUGGAGAUUUCUUCAAACUGACAUAGAUCCUCAGGAGUUACCAGAAAGAUGGGUGUGUUCUUUGAACGAAAGUAAGACGAUAAUUCAUGACUAUAUAUCUUCAACUAUAGCCAUUCCCAUGAUGUUGUUUCCAAAGCUACUCACCUGUCACAUAAACGUACUCAUUCAGAAUGAUGUCUUUGCAGAUGAUUGCUACAAUUCAUGUAGUAUUUCACAAGAAACGUUUGAUAGUCAAGAGGGAAAUUUGCACGUGAUUUAUACACCUUAUCCAAAUGGGGCUAUUGUUUGGGCUAAGAUGACUGGCUACCCAUGGUGGCCAGCAAUGAUGGAGAACGAUCCAGAUUACGGUUACUAUUGUGAAACCGAAGAAGAUAAUUUCACUCCGGUGUCGUUCCAUGUGGUGUUCUUUGACAAACAAGUGUCGAGGUCAUGGGUGAACGCUGCUUGUAUUCGUAACUUUUCUUGUGAUGAUGACCCUGAGGAUUUGGGAAAGGUGAGCGUUAGAGGAAAGAACUACAGAAGACAACUUACAGCAGCCACUCUGGAAGCACGGAGAGCUGCAAAAAUGCCUCUACAGAGUCGAUUGUCCAAAUAUGGUUUUAUGGUGCGCUACAAAGGCACUAUUGGAGACAAGAAAGAGAAGGCGCGUUCAGUGAGUCCAGAUAAUGGCGAUUUGGAUGAUUCAGUUACAGGCUCAUCCAGUCAGGAAAAUCAGUGCAGCAGUGGGCAUAGCUACGGGUCUUUUAGCAGUCCCGGAGAAAACGAUCAAGAAAGCCCGCCAAAAUCUAAAACUUCAACAAAGAAGGCUGCAAAAAAGCAAGCGGAAAGCAAGACCUCCACUAAAGUAAGAGAUUCUUGUAGCCCAAAGAAAAAACACAGGAAGAAAAAGGAGCAAAGAACUCAAGCAUUUCUUGUCUCGAAAGGCUCAAGGAAAAUCAGCCCCUUUGAAGGAGAUUUAUCCGUGAUUAAUGUCGCCACAAGUGAAAGUUCUGAGAUAUGUGGACUUAACGAAGAAUCAAGAAACAGCCUCAUGGAAGAUACCAUGGCUAUCGAGAAACUUCAACCAACAGUCUUUUGUGUCUCGAACACCGACAGCAAUUUGGAUGAAACGCUCCAUGAGCGAGAGAACAGCGCAAGUAAAGCUAUCAUAAAACCAUGUAGAGAAACUGCAGGAAUUCCAACUGCGACUAAAAAAAACAAAGCCACGAAAGUCAAUAAAAAGAGGGAAAUCGCAGACGAAAUACAAGGAGGAAAGAAACAAAAUAAAUAUAAGAAUAUCAAAGAAGAUAUUGUCAACAAAUGCUCCAAAGAAUCUGAGCAAGGACAGGUGAAGGAUAAUACAAACCCUGGCGUUUCUGCAAAAUCAGUGUUAUCAAGAUCGAGAGACGAGGAAAAUAAUUUGUCUGAACAAGAUAAACAGCCAGAUCAAAGUGACGAGAUGGAUAAAAUGAUUUCAGUUGAUAUUUCUCCCUGUGGGAGGGAAGAUGUAGCGAGGGGGUCAAGUGUUUCAACGCCUGGAGAAACUCUUCUGCCUUUAGUUCCAGGAGACAAAAGUAAGAAGAAGCGAAAAUCUAACAUCAGUUCCAGAGAUUUCUCAGGGAAAGGAAACCCAACUAAUAAGGAAACUUCAAGCCAGAUGGCUGAGAGCCCCUGGUCAAAAUUACAAGUUAGUGACGAAAAGUCGCGUAAAAGAAAAGAUCUGACUUGUGGGAGGGAUCAGCUAAGUACAACAAGUAAACAAAGUACCUAUGAGCGAGAAAGUAACCAGUCGAUAAGCAUUAACAAAGAAGAACCGCGUUCUAGUUCAGAGGUUCCAGAUCACAAUUUGGAGUCUAGCCAGAAUCCAAAACUCCCUAAAAAACCUGAGUUCUUAUAUAAGAAAUCAAACACAGAUGUUAGAGUAGCUGUUGAUGAAGAUGGUUCACUUCGAAAGAAAUGCCUUCCUAAGUUGAUGAAGACUGCUUUUAAACCUCCCAUGGCGUCCAAUGGGGGAAAAAGUAGCAAAAUUCCAAAGAUGCCCAAGCUUUUAAAGCCCCACUUUGUUAGUCCUGCAUUUUCACUGCCUGAAAGCAACCACAAAGGUUGUGGAGUAGGGAAAAUAUCAGGUAAAAGCGUGGCACAUUCCGUAACUGCCAAGAAGGAUGUUGAACCCAAGAAAGAACGGGAACUGAAGAGAAAGGCUCAGUGUAAAGAUUCUAGCUUGGUGAAUCAGACGUCAAAAAGGGAAAAGAAAGAUGACGAGAGACAUGGACCAGCCAGCAACAUGUUGUCAGAAGACCUUCAAGACGAAAUAGAAGAAAUUGACGAUGACAUCACAAAUAUACGGAAGGAACUAAAGGUUUCAAACAGCAGCGCUACAAGUUUGCCAGAGGAGACGAUAACUUUGUCAAACGCCGAUGGACCUAUGCUUUCCGAGUCGCCAGAAUUUUAAGACGCUAGCUUUAUAUAUCAGUAUGCAUAGUUACAUUCAAGCUUAAAUUUUCUCAUUAGAAACAUCGACGCACUGUAUUUUAUCAAGUUAGGCAUUUGGUUCGAAAUUGUAGUUACUCAGUACAUUUUUCGAAGGUAUUUAUGUACACUGGACUAUUUUCAGUACUCUGGCAGUUAGAAUUUGCUAUUACGAAGUAUUUUCAAGAGAUUUGAAUUUAACUAGUACUGGAGGGGACAAGUUAAUCUUUUUGGGCCUUCUAUGAAUUAACAUCUUAAGAUAUAGGAAAUUUAGGGCAGCACAUUCAAAGUUUGAUUUUGUGACAAUUUCGGUGGAGUUUUGUAGUGAUCUUAU